AUGGAAUGUAAUAAAGAUGAGGCUAGAAGGGCAAUUGAUGUUGCAGAGAAGAAAAUUUCAGAUAAUGAUUACGCCAGAAACGGAAAACGAAAAGAUGAUUGGUAUGGAGUUCUCGGUGUUGAUCCUUUAGCUGAUGAUAAGAACAAGUGUAAAGGUGCAGAAGAUGCGUUUAAGUUGGGGAAAAAAAAGGCUUUAGCAAAUAUUACAACCACCGAGUAUGAUAUAGUGUACGGUUUUGAAGGCUUAGAAGGCUGGGAGGAGGCGAGAAACAUAGUAGACGAUGAUGCAACACCUAUAUUUGAUGAUAUGUGGCAUCGUACGGACAAAUUGAUACGGAAGACGAAAUAUGGGUUAGAGAUGACAACUUGUACGUAG